AAUUUUAUUAUAUAGGAUUUGUGCACACUGUAUAUUUUAUUUCAAAAACUGUUGCAUUUUUUACAGCUCCGUUAAGUCGUGAAUGGCCAUUAAUAUCUUCACCAUUUCCAUUAAUGAUGAUAAUUUUUGGAUAUUUGUAUUUUAUUUAUUAUAUUGGACCCCACUACAUGAUAGGUCGAUCGCCAUAUAAAUUGAAAACCUUGAUGUUGCUUUAUAACUUUAUACAAAUUUUAGCAAACUUAUGGAUGGUACAAGAACAUAUAUCUUUUGGCUGGUUUUCAAAAUAUGGCGUAUUGUGUUCAGAGCCAUUUCCGCAUUCUCCCAAUACGCUUAAAAUGUUCAAUUCUAUAUGGUGGCUAUUUGUAUUAAAAAUAUUCGAUCUGACAGAAACUUGUAUAUUUGUGUUGAGGAAGAAACAGGAUCAAGUUUCCACUUUGCACGUCUAUCAUCAUGUCUCUAUUAUUUUUUUUGCUUGGAUUUAUUUAAAAUACAUUUUGGACGAGAGAGUGUUAUUAAUUUCUCUAUUUAAUUGUGUGAUACAUGUAAUUAUGUAUGUAUAUUAUUUUGUUUCUGCAUGGGGCCCGAAAUAUCAACAAAUGAUAUCUUUUCUUAAACCUGUUUUAACUAAAAUACAAAUGGUACAAUUUAUUGCAAUGAUAAUAUAUGGUCUGCAAAUUUUUAAUCCAGCUUGUCAAGUGCAAGAGAAGUUUCAUUCAGUGAUAGCUGUUUUUUUUAUAGGAAAUGUAUUAAUAUUUCUUUAUUUAUUUUAUGAUUUUUAUAAGAAAAGUUAUACUACUAAAGCUAAAAAAAGAAUAAUUAAGCUUAACAUCAAACAAUUAAUAUGAACUAAUUAGUUAUUUAAGUUACUACUAAUAAAUUAAUUA